AUGUCUUGCCUCAAGUCGCUCGGCGUCGUCCUGGCGUUCCAGGUAGCCGCAGCGUGGGCCACGGGUGUGACGCCGGCUGCGGGCGCAGCCGCAGCGGCUCCCGCUGCCGCCGCCGCCGUCAACGGCACACCGCAGCACGCAGCGGCCGAAAGUGCAACGGCCGCGGCGGCGGCAGGCCGCGGUCAGCUCGGCACGGCGCAACAAAAGACGCACAAGUGCACCAAUGUCAAGCUCUUCUCGGAAUGCCGUGUACACUGCGAGUACGUGGUCGAAGGCAAGGGGGCCUACUUCAUCUUCACUGAUGGCGAGGACGGUGUGCCCUGCAAGACCCGGACUCUUGACGGUCAGGUGCUGAACGGCGCUUGCCAACAGGGACUGUGCAUGGUCAAGGAUCAGGCUGGCGUAGGACAGCACAGUGCAGCCGGUGCGGCGGCUGGCGCGGCUACGCCGGCCUCCGCUGCGGGAGCAGCAGCAGGAGCAGUCACACCAGGCGCGGCAGCUCAUCCGGCCGCAGCCGCUGCGACCCCUGCGCACGCCGCGGCCCCUGCACAUGCCGCUGCCUCUGCCGCUGCGCCUGCUGCCGCCACUGCAAAGCACAAGAAAGCCUGAGACAGCGUGCCUGGCACUGAGGCAACCUACCCAACACUGGCCUCCGAGAUUGCCGAGCGAGCCACUUACACAAUUAUUGAAUCGUUAUUUUCCA